CCGCGGAAGCUGUCAAAGAGUAGCCAUUUUAGAAAAUAAAAACAGAAUGAAAAUUGGGCUAGCUGCUUGCGUUUCAUCUGUUGGACGCGGUAGUAAUGUGUUUUGUGCCGUUUUAAAAAAUAUGUUGAUCAAGUGAAAUGUGGCUUCGCAGUGAAAGGAGAGAUCGUCGAUUGCGCUCAAGCAAAGCUCGCCUUGCUGUUCAAUUUAAACCAUUCAAUAAAGUGGUAAACUCAAAAGCGAAAAGAAGAUCAUCUGCGGAGCUCAAAACAGCUAAUCGACUGUCGGCUGCUGGCUGUAUCAAUCGGUUACCCAAAUGUCGUUUAAAUAAGAAGUGUGUUAAUCUUGAAUCAUCUGAUACGUCAAUCGUUUCGGUAUGCGUUACCAAUGUGCAUGCUGAUAGUAUAAUAGAUGAUGUACAAUGCGAAAAAAGUAUCUAUGGAAAUCCUCUUCUGGACAGUAAAUCAAUUACAUUAUCCCCGCUAAAGCAUACAAUAUCAGAGGACUCCAAAGAAAACCAAUUCUGGCAGAAAAAUGAACUCAUAUUUGAUUCAAUAACCACUUUAAGUAUGAAGAAUAUUGAAGAUGUAGCAACCAAUUCAAAUUAUUUGGAGGAGGUACCAUGCAGCAGCUCAAUAUUAAAUGCAGCCUUAACGAACCCACAAAUUGCUGUUCCUCAAUCAACUGACAAAUGUAAUAUAUACAUCAAACAUGGAUCCGACGAUGCAACCAGUGCUUCUUUCAAUCAGAAAAUCAUAGAAAAGCACAGUAUCACGGCACAAAAUCACCCCAACUGUACUUUAAAGCAUAGUGGAUGCACUAUGGACAGCUUCUUAGAGACAAACCAGUCGCAGCACUCAUGUACACAGUUAAGCAAUGCCAAGUGUAUUACGGAAUGCGAUAGUACAACUUCUGAGCUGGAAAAUGAAAUUAGCCAAGAAAUUGCCGCCUUCAUUGCAGAUAAUAUGGUGGAUCAGGUAUAUUCACAAGAAGGGUCCUUAAAGCGAAAUACAUGUUUGUCUGAAAACCCGCUGGCAGAGGUAGAUUCUACCACCGAUGCAGUACAUCCGUAUAACUCCAAGUGCAGCGCUACUCAAGACGUUAUCCAUUCGUAUCCACGUGAAACGCACGUAUCGCUUCUUCUAAAGACAUCUUCUGCUAUAUCGCACUCGUUGGCAUCAUUGUCGACUGCUGGGACUACAGCCUCUACUUCUCUUUGUACAACUCCAACAAUUUCACCCCCGUUAUCAAAUUUUAACCCCGUAUCAUAUAAUAACGUACCUUACCUUUCUACUGGCUACGAAGGACAACAGCAACAGGCAAUGUAUAGUGAUGAAAACAGCGUAGCGAACCGAGAAUUGAAUGUAAAUUCAGACUUUAUAGCAAUGUUUGAUGAGGAAAAUUACAGAAAUACUGCAGUAUCUGGCCAUUAUAGUGAUAUUCCGUAUAACGUUCUGCUUACACAAGCGUCUCUUUGUUGUGAUGAGGUUGGUGGUUUAAAUCAUAUGGACAACCAUGAAUAUAAUAAGAACGAAAUGUUUUCAUGUCUAAACUCAAAUAAUCACGAUGAACCUAGAACGAUUAGUGCGUUCCAGAGUUCGUCACUACGAACAACUUUGUGUGAAGGCACUUCCAGCACAUUUCCCAACAAUGCGUAUUUAUCUAAGAUAGAGCAUAUGUGUCAUUCCCAUCAGCACGAGGCUGGACAGGAAUCAUUAAUUUAUAAUUUAACCCGUAAUCAAUUUAUUCCACCCGGGGUUGGAAGAAACGAAGGUGCGGGUGAUAUGCAGCACAAUCGGAAUGGAACAGAAGUUGAGGAAUUAUCUGAAGAGCAACAGGAAGAUACUGAAUUUCGAGCUUUCGAUCCAUACUAUUUCAUUAAACACUUACCACCAAUGACGAGCGAAUUUCGUUUGAAGCGUCCUGCCUUACCACUCAAGACAAGAUCUAGUCCAGAGUUUAGCCUUGCUUUGGACUUAGAUGAAACAUUAGUGCAUUGUAGCUUAGUGGAACUUUCUGGUGCGAGUUUCAAAUUCCCAGUAAUAUUUCAAGAGUGCGAAUAUACUGUAUUUGUUCGCACCAGACCAUUCUUUAGGGAAUUUCUGGAAAAAGUAUCACGGCUUUUUGAAGUUAUUUUGUUCACUGCCUCGAAACGAGUUUAUGCUGAUAAACUUCUAAAUCUUCUUGAUCCAGAGCGUCGGCUUAUUAAAUAUCGACUAUUUCGUGAACAUUGUGUUCUAGUCAACGGCAAUUACAUCAAGGAUUUGACGGUACUCGGGAGGGAUCUGUCGAGGACAAUAAUUAUAGACAAUUCUCCUCAAGCAUUCGGAUAUCAAUUGGACAACGGAAUUCCGAUUGAAAGCUGGUUUGCAGAUCAAAGCGACUCUGAGUUGAUGAAAAUUUUACCAUUCUUAGAGCGAUUAGCUCAAAUGCGUGAAGAUGUUCGGCCUCAUAUUCGGGAAAAGUUCAGACUAUUUUCAUACUUACCACCCGAUUAAUAUAAUAUGAUCACCUAAAUUCGUUUAGUUUUAGUCAGGCCGCUUCUGUUCAAAGACUAUGACAGGUUCGAUUUGUUAUUGUUAAUAACUUUAUUGGUGUUUAUUGCAUGCAUACCAGAUAGUUCAAAUAAACACCGAGCGUCGAAGAGCGUGGUGUGAUUUACUCAGUGUACAUAA